ACAUUUAGUCACUUUUCACAUCGAGAAUUUGUUUACAAUUAGAAUUUUUAAAAUGACUGUGAAGAGGGUUGCAUAAUUAAAAGGUGUCUGCAUUUGGAAAAAAGCUAUUCAGAUGUAAUGUGUAUAUAAGGUGAUUUCUGUGUGUUCUGGAGUUAACUGUCAAAUUGUAUACUCAAAAGAAAUUUAGAGGAACUCUGAAAAGUGGGAGGCAACAUUCCUCUGAGUACAAUCAUUAUAAGGAGAAAAUAUAAACAAAUGAACAUUGCCUUAGUGACUCCCUGAGUGAAGACUGACAGAGAUCUGGCAGGAGCAGAUUAUGAUACUCCUUUCUAACGCACUGAAAACAUGGCUGUUAGUAACAUUACACCGCAGUGUGUUUGGCCUACUUUAAUUCUAUUGUGGAUCCUGAUGUGGGAAGCCGGCUGUGACACUCAAUACCAAGCAGAGGAGGUGGAGAUUUUCCAUUCUGAUAAACAGACGACAUUUGAAUGGAAAUCUGAGCCGGACAAAGAGUGGAUGUCAGUUAAACUCAGAGUGGGUUUGCCCAAUCCAGUCCCUGUCUUCCAAGCUUGUGGAAGGCAAACAACAAGAACUUUUUUAAGCCCAUGGAUGGAGCGGAAAGAUGCCCACUACAUACUGAUGGAUAUUUCGUUUACCCAAGAAGAAGAGUUGUCCGGACAGCUGAGCCCACUAGAAGUUCACUUUUUUGACAAAAACACACGACUGAGAAGAUUUCAAAAGAGUAUGGACGUCCUGAAUCUCAACACCUCCCGGCGUUUCCCUGGCUCUCAAGAAAGUUUCCAGUCCAGCAACUACGAACACAGGCUGGCUCUGGGCCUGGGCCCCGUCAGACAAACAGGCUUCCAGCUGGCCUUCUCCUACUCUGGAACAUGUGUGCUGGUAACAUCCAUCAGACUGUACUACAGGAGGUGCCAUGACAUUGUUAGUAACCUGGCCUUGUUUAAAGGGACGGGGGCAGUGUCGGGUGACCUGAGGGGCUCCUGUGUGGACGGAGCUGUGGAGGUUUCUCCCCCUGUUAGAGAGUGUGGCGUAGAUGGAGAAUGGGGGCCAGUGCAGGGAGGAUGUACCUGUAAGCCCGGUCAUCAAGUCAUGGACGACACAUGUCAAACAUGUGGCAUGGGCUACUACAAACCAGCCACUGAGAGUGGAGUAUGCCGGCCGUGCCCACCGAAUAGCAAAACACCUGGGAAGGAAUCUGAGAGGUGCGUUUGUCUUCAGGGUUACAACCGCCUACCAACUGACCCCGAGGACCUCGGCUGCACUAGGCCGCCCUCUGCUCCGGUGAAUCUCACAGCCCGUCAUUAUAAUGACUCCAUGCUGAUGGUGACGUGGGAUCCUCCUCAUGACCAUGGAGGCCGACAGGAAGUGACAUAUGGCAUCAAGUGUGAGAAGGAAGUGGACUCCGUCCAUCAGUGGGAGGCAUGUGGUGACGAUGUGGUCUUCCUGCCUGACUCAGCAGGGCUGACCAACACAUCAGUCACUGUCACAGAGCUGAACCCACAGCAUGGCUACAGGCUCUCAGUGCAAGCCAGGAAUGACGUAUCCAUCCUGUGGAAGGCACCACCUUCAUCCACUGCUACCGUCACAAUGCACAGAUGGAAGGCUCCUCCUGUGGUGAGCACUGAGACGUCGGGCUCGAACUUCUCAGAGUUUGCAGUAAUUCCAACAGCUUCUAACUCCCAGAGUCGCACCUCCAUGUGGCUGACAAUUGGUAUUUUAUUUGCCAUCCUGCUGCUCAUGGCUUUAGUCCCCACUGUUGUGUGUGUCCUGCGCAGCAACUACACUAAACUCAGGUCUGUCCAUGAUUUGGAGCUUGAGCCAAUUAACCCUGACGUUACCUACAGAAGGCGACAGGAGGAGGAUUCUGAACCCCAGCCGGCCAACAUGGUCGGGGGGGUGGUCCAGAUGUUGGAGGGGCUUGGUGGCAGACUGCUUGACAGUCUGAAGGAAGUGCUGGUAGAGAGGGACAGACUCACCCUGGGGAAGGAGCUAGGCAAAGGAGAAUUUGGCUCAGUCUAUGAAGGGGUCUUCACACCAGAUCAAGGCGGGGACAUGAAGGUGGCUGUGAAGACCAUGAGAGUUGGAAUCUCCAGCCAGGACGACCUGUAUGAGUUUUUGAGAGAGGCGGAGAUCAUGAAGAACUUUGAUCAUGAAAAUGUGGUCGGACUACUCGGGGUUACUCUACAGAGGGAGCAGGAUUCUCCUCUGCCGGUGCCCCUGGUCAUCCUGCCGUACAUGAAACAUGGAGACAUGCGCCGCUUCCUCAUCGCUACACGAUAUGGAGACAUUCCUAUGUUUGUGCCCCAUCAGAGUCUGCUGCGCUUCAUGGUGGACAUCGCGGCGGGGAUGGAGUAUCUGAGCUCGCAGGGCUUCCUGCACAGAGACCUGGCUGCACGCAACUGCAUGCUGGGGGAUGACCUGCGGGUGUGUGUGGCUGAUUUCGGCCUGUCCAAAAAAAUCUACAGCAACAAUUAUUACCGUCAAAAAGUAGCUAUCCGCGUGCCAAUCAAGUGGAUGGCGAUGGAGAGCCUGUCCGAGUCUGUGUACACCACCAAGAGUGAUGUGUGGUCCUUCGGGGUGACCAUGUGGGAGAUUGUGUCCCGGGGAAGGACUCCCUAUCCUGGAGUAAGCAACCACGAGCUGCUGGAGCUGCUGCUGUCCGGACACAGGCUCAAACCCCCCCAGGACUGUGACCAAAAACUUUAUGAGGUGAUGCAAAGCUGCUGGGACCAGGAUCCGAGCCGCAGGCCUGGCUUUGGGGAACUGUGCGAGACACUGAGAGCUCUUCUGUCAGAGCUGCCGGAGCUGGAGGCCAGCCAGGAGGUGAGCUACAUCAACCACGGCCUGGAGGUCGCCGCUGCUGCUGCUGCCUCUCAGGAGACGCACACAGAAUGUGAGGAAAGAUGGGAAAAUGUGUAUCUGCCCACUCCUAUCGGUGCUGCUGCAGCCAGAGAUGAGGAGGAAGUAGCAGAUGGCUACCUGAAGUAUAUUACUGGCUCUGAAGUUAAGGGGAAUGAUUACAACUAAAAAAAAGUGAAACUCUCAUUAACUGUGUGUGGAAAGAGACAGAUAUGUUGUAUCUGCGUAAAAAAUAUUUUAACAUUUCCACCAUAGCCUUUAGAAUUGAUUAAGAGUGAGCGACAGAAAACCAAAUCUAUUUUGCACUUUUUAUAUAUUUUGUAUUGUAUUGUAAAUAUUAAAUAUAAUAUACUACGGUUCACCCUAUAUUAAUUUUACUAAUUUUUGUGUUUCUUUUGUAUAUUUUAUAAUUGGUAUAAAUACUUUUUUUUAAAUGUCAAAUCAUUUUAAAAAUAUAUUUUCUAUUUUUGAUCUUUUCUUACAACUUCUUUCCCUGUGUUGUUCAUGACCAAAGCAAAUUCCUUGUACAUUACGGUACUGUACGUGUAAACAUACCUGGCAAUAAACUCAAAUCUGAUUAUGAUUCUGAUCUGGUAAAAAAAUAAACUAGAAAUGUA